AUGCAAGAUGGUGAGAGGGCGCAACCGCUUUGGAGGGUGAUUGGUGGUGGCGACAAGGGAGGGAUCAUCGCACGAAGCGGCGAGGAUGUGAGCUCGGAACUGUUUGCGGAGCGCCUUGCCACUGGGGCAAUAAUCAAGGAGAUUGAGCAGCGAGGGGAGCGACUGCACUUCCUGAAGCUUUGUGGUCAGGGCCCGGCAGAAGGCUGGGUAAGUCUGAGGCUUCAAACAGGCAAGGACCUGGUGCAGCUGUUGCCAGCUCUUUGGCGAGUAAUCGGCGGUUCCAAGGGAGGUAUCUUGGUGCGCGCAAGUAGCAGCGUGACCUCUGAGGAGCUCGCGGAGCGUUUAGGGACUGGAGCAAUAGUACAGGAAGAGGAGAUGCUGCGAGAGCGGCUGAGAUACCGGCUUCUGCUGGGCCAUGGACCUGUGACUGGCUGGGUCAGCAUAUCCGUCCAGCAGAAAGUCCUGCUGAAGCGACUGGAGGGACGGAGCCGUGAGGUCCUGGAGCUGGUCCGAGAUCUUCGGGAUUCAAGCUUCGUCGCUGCCUUCCCGCUCGUGCAGGAUGUACCUCUUGGGGAGGCAGAAGAGAUCAUCAGCUGCUUAGGGGAUCUGCUGACUGACAAGGCAGAGGGCCAGGCAGAUUUCCGGAUGAAACGGAAAGUUCUCAGGAUUUUGGCUUUCAUGGGAGCGUCUGAUGCGUCAGCAGCAGCUGUGUCAAAGGCUUUCUCUGACAACGAUCACACAGUGCGAUGUGAGGCUGCCUUGGCGAUGAGAUCCAUGAAGUCAUGUUUUGAAAGUGAAGAAUUCAAAGCCCGCGUACUGGAUCUCUUUCAUGACCCUUGCUGGCGUGUGCGCUGCUGCGCAGCGAGAGCCGUGGCAGACUGGAGGCCUUUUGCUGAAAACUGGCUUGCGGCAAGAGUGCCGGGUCUGAUUGACGAGGAGAGUGACCAGGACGUUCGCAGCAUUUUGCUUCGACCGAGGUCUUCAGAACAAUUGACGCCACCCAGUCACGUCCAAGACCUGUCAACAGAUCCUGAAACUUCAAAGAAGCUGCGGAUUUUGGCGCUGCACGGGGCAAACUCCAACAGUGCAGUUAUGAAGUUUCAAGUACGCUUCUUAAAAGCGGCACUGCCAGAUGCAGAAUGGCUCUUUAUGGAUGCGCCACUUGUUUGGCAAUCCGUUGCAGGUGCAGACGAUCCGAUUUUUCGUGAGCCCAGUGAACUGGAGAAGACAAUUUCAAAGGGUGAGCCGUUUCGUUGUUGGUAUUCACAUGGGAACAGCUGCUAUAAUUUCGUGGACGAGGGCGUGGCCAGCUUGUUAGGUUACAUUGAAGAGAGAUCACCUGUGCAUGUGUUGUUGAGCUUUUCGCAGGGCUCCAACUGCAUCUCUUUGGCCUUAGACAGGCUCCGCAAGAGUGGGAAAAAAGCUCCAUGGGCACUGACAGUGAUGGUCUGUGGGGGUCAGAUCGACGACCCAGUGUUCAAUUGGCCCGCCGGCUUCGUGUCUGAUCAGCCCACUCUGCGCAUCUAUAGCGCGGCCCGUGAUAGCUUUUUCCAAGGAGGGGAAAGCUCCCUGCGAGACAUGUAUUCUAACCUGGUGGAAUUUGUGCAUCAGGAUGGCCAUGCAUUUCCGCAUUCUGAGCCCCGAGCAGCGGAGAUUCAUGCUCAUGCACAGUUGGAGCCGAUUUUCAACAGAAUGGCAGAGGAUCGCGAGCACGUGAAGAUCUCCAAAAUGUUUUCUUACGUGCUUCGACAUGCUGCCCACAAGCUAGACGUGAGAAUCCGGAAGGAUGGCUUUGUCCGGCUGCGUGACAUCAUGGAACUGAAGAACUUCCGGCCUUACAACUUGGAGGAGCUCAUGGCUUGCGUCUACUUCGAUGAGAAGGAGCGCUAUACCAUGGUUCGGGAGUUCGACGGUGAGCUCUUGAUUCGCGCCAAUCAGGGUCAUACCAUGAAGGUGGUUGAAGACGAUCUGCUGCUUGAGCCCAUCACGGAUCCCAGCACAGUUCAGGAUUGCGUCCACGGUACUUACCUUGUGCACUGGCCUUUCAUAAAGCGGCAAGGCUUGUCCAAGGUUGCGCGGAACCACAUCCACCUCGCACCUGGUCUACCUGAGGACGGCAAAAUUCGUGGCAUGCGCUCGACGGCAGAGCUGUUCCUCUACAUCGACGUCCCUGCAGCCAUGCAGGAUGGGAUGAUCUUUUACAGGAGCAAGAAUGAGGUCAUUCUGACUCAAGGGUUGGAUGGCUGGCUUCCCGUGAAAUACUUCAUCAAGGCCGUGAAGAUCAACUACUCCACGUGCGACAUCGAAGAGCUGGACUUCGAUCGCAACGUGGGCAUGCCGAACUGGGCCGCAGAGCUCGCGCCGUCGGGCCCCGGUGAAGCAGGUAGUUACAUGGUGAAAAACCUUGAGGCGUUGAUUGCAAAUUGCCGCAAGCGUAUGGCAGAAAUCAAUGAGCUCAAGGCUCAAGUUGAAAACGGGCAGCACCUCACGGAGGAGGAGCAGGGGAAGGUUGACCAAUACUCAGCCGUCUACAUCGAGCUCCAAUCCCUGGAGCAGCGCUUCCGACAGCACAAGGGAUACCGAAGGGAAAGCACCCAGGAGAAGGAGCUUCGUGCCAAGGAGGAGGCGGAGGCAGCUACUGUGGUACAAAGAAAGGACAGAGCAGCCACACCUCCCUGGGAGAAGGGCAAGACAAGCAUUGAGUCCACAGCCUUUAAAGCGACAGACAGAGAGAAAGCUGAGUGGGCUGCAAUUGGAAAGAGGCGCGAGACCGCCAUGGAGAAGAAGGAGGACAAAAAAGAGGACAAGAAGGAGGAUCGCUGGGACGCACUUGGCCGGGGUCGGCUCAAUGGAAGCUCCGCACCGUCUUCCGAGAAGGCUGCACCCCCGAAGCCCCAGACACCAUCAGGCGGAGGUCUGGACAGCUGGCGCUUUGGCGGGAGCACUGGUACGGGCGGUCCUUCGACCCCUUCAGCUGCUGCCGCACGACCUGAAUCGACUACGCCAGCAGCUAAACCAGCUUCAGGCCCACCGCGCUUUUUCAACUCCAAGUUGCAGCAGCAGAAGGAGCAGAAGGAACGCGAGGAGAAGGCUGCAGCGGAGGCGAAGGCUACAACAAGCUCCUGGCGGGACCGCGACUCUGAGGCCUCUCGUUCCACAAAUUGGCGCGACCGGCCUGCUCCCGCCAAGGAAGCAGGGCCAAGGGAGAUGCACCAGGCUGAGCGUGAGAAGCCUCAGAUCCCGACGCCACCUCCGCCGCCUCAACAACAGCCAUCACCUGCACAGCCUCAACCAAAGCAAGCGCAACCGCAUCACGCGCAACAGCCACAGCCUGCAGCAGGAAUGGCUGGCCCUCAGACCUAUGGCGCCUGCUACGGAGGCAUGCAACAACAGUACGCGCAUCCUCAGGCGGCCAUGAUGCCUAUGAACUCUGGCGGUUGGAUGGGUCAGAUGACUCCGCAACAGCAACAGAUCAUGAUGCAGCAACAGAUGAUGCAGCAGCAAAUGGCUCAGCAGCAUCAAUCUGGACAAGGCUGCGCUGGGUGCGGUGGCUGCGCAUGUUGUGGCGGAUGUGCUGGUUGCCAGGGCUGCUAUGGCUGUGGCGGUUGCCAAGGGUGCCAAGGGUGUCAGGGCUGUCCUGGAUGCCAAGGAUGUGGGUGUCAGGGCUGCCAGGGCUGUGGCUAUCAGGGCUGCCAGGGCUGCCAGCAAGGAUGCCAGGGAUGGGGCGGUUGCUGCCAGGGUUGUGGUGGCUGUCAAGGCUGCGGCUGUCAAGGCUGCGGGGCGUGCCAAGGCUGCGGUUGCUCCGGCGGAUGUUCCGGAUGCCGACAGGGCGCAGCUGGCUGCGGAGCCUGCAGCGGCUGCAGCGGCUGUGGUGGCAACUGCGGCGCAAGCGGCGCAAGCGGCACGAGCAAAGGUGCUGGUCAUGGUGGCUAUGAGGAUCGGAGCAUGGCCCCAGGUGGCCGCUCAGGCUGGAACGAGGAUGACGACCGGCAAGGAGAUGAGCAAGGUGUAUGGAAAGGUGGAGAUGCGUGGGGUGGGAAAAAGGGCCGUGGAGCUGCGAACAGCAAGGGCCAAGGCAAGAGCGGCGGUGCUGCUGGCGCUGGUGGCAAGGACCGUGGCAAAGGCCGAGGCCGUGACCGUGACGACGAAUGGGCGGCACUGGGGCGCAUGCGGAACGCAGCAGCAAGCUAA